CUUUGCAGUUUAGUUGUUUUGUGUUUUAAAAAUGCCUAAACAAUCGAAAAUUAAUUUAGCAAAGUACAUAUCGUACGACCGCGAGGCAAAUCGAUCGACGUGUCUUUUGUGUAAAAAAAAUUUUAAUGGUCGAAUUUUGCACAAUAUUAAAAGGCAUUAUGCUUUAGUGCACAAACAUGAUUUUGAAAGGUGUGCGCCGAAAGAACCCCCAAGUAAAGCCAAAAUUAACUUAAGUCAAAAUGGCUUUUUGAUGUGCUGUGUGGGAUUGAUUACCGUUAACGCCAUGCCGCUCACACUUUUUGAUGAUGAAAAAUAUUUCAAAAGAAUUAUAGAGCCUUAUGAAAACGCGUUUAAUAUAAGAGUAAACUCGACGAGUAUAAGAGAAAGGCUUGACUCGUGCGCGGAACAAAUGAAAAUAAAUCUCUCUAAUUUACUAAAGGACAAAAUGUUGUGCAUAAAGUUUGAUAUAGCCUCGCGAAUGGAUAAAAGUAUAUUGGUCAUUAAUGUACAAUUCAUUAAAAAUUUUCAAAUACACAUUUUUACUAUUGCAAUGGUGGAAUUAGAAAAUAGGCACACGGCACCUAUUCUGAACGAAGAAAUCUUAAAACACUUCAAUACAUUUGGUAUAAAUGCAAUCCAGAUAUAUUGUUCUACUACAGACGAUGGAGCGAACGUUGUGAAAACUUCCGAGUUGCUGCAGCAAAAUGAGAUCACAGAUGCUGAUGAAUAUGAGGAAAUUCACAAUAGAUUAAGUUCGGUACUAACAGUGGAGAGAUGUGCUGAAAACACACUACAAUUAGUUGCACAUGAUGUGUAUAAAACUGUAACAGCAGAAGUGGCCGAGUGUAGGGAAACAACUAAUUUUCUUCGACAAAUAAUUCGUAAUGGAACGUUUACUGAAAAUAUCCCCAUGCCUACACUAGAUAACUUGACUAGAUGGAGUUCAACACUCGAUAUGUUGACUUCUCUGCUGAACCUGAUAGAAUUUGUGAAAAUGUAUAAAAUUGAAUGUGAAAUAAAGUGGGAUUUCAUACAAAACUUUGUUGCUGCGUUUAAGCCUGUUGCUGAAUGUACAAAAAGUUUGCAAACAGAAAACUAUGUAAUCGGAGAUUUUUACAGAGAUUGGCUGCUUUGUGAAACUAAAUUGGAAACUAUGCCGAACAAUAUCUUCGCCAGCGCUUUAUUGCAAGCAAUGCAAUUACGAAACGAGAAUUUUUGGUAUAACAAUACUUUCGUAGCGGCUUUAUAUAUAGACCCAAGAUUUAAUUAUAUGGAUUCGCCGUUUUUUAAUGAAUCGCGAAGAAAACAAGCAGUGUCACAUUUAAUUUCUACGAGCAGAAUUUUAACCGACUUGGAGGGAAAUACUACAUUUAAUGCAGAACCAGAGGUUAAGCAGAUGGAAUUCGAAUUUUCUCCAUCUUCAAACGAUGAUUUUCAUUUACUUGAACAAAAAGUGAACUUAUUGACGCAGCAAUCUCCUCAGUUACCAACCAAUGUUCAAACAAUUCGUCAGAAGCUUGAAGGCUUAUCACACAAAACAAGAAUGCCUUUCCAAACAAACAUAUUAGAUUACUGGAAUGAGUUGAAAAGCGAUGAGCCAGAUUUAGCUAAAUUAGCCGAAGUGGUUUUAGCUGUUCCAUGUACUCAGACUUCAGUGGAACGAGCCUUCAACGCUCUUUCGUUAAUCUUAAAUAAGCAUAAUUCCAAUCUUAAAGCAGAAAAUAUUAAUAACUUACUUUUUACAAAGUUAAAUAAAGAUCUGUUAAACAAUGUGAAUUUUUCUUAGUGUAACUUUAAGCCAUA